AUGUCGGGAGCCGAGGCCCUAGCCGGAAUCGGCAUUCUUUGUAACGUUAUGCAGAUAGUAACGUUUGGCAAAGAUGCUCUUCAUGUUUAUCGUUAUAUCCGUGAAAACGGUAGUCCUGAUGCAAAGUUGGAGGUGUACCUUGCCGAUGCAACAAUGAGCUAUCAAGAGAUGAGGACGCAGCUUUCUGGAACCACUUAUCCAACGAGCGACCAAAAAGAAAUAAUAAGGGUGGGGGAGGAGGCUUACAAAGGCCUUCAAAAAUUCCGAACCUAUUUCGAGGAAUUGUCAGUGGACAAAGGGUCCAGAAAGGGCUUCCGCGGGAAGUUCAGAAUUGCUAAAAGUGGCAUCAAGACGUUGUUCCGUGGCAAGGAACUGGAGGAUCUUGAAAAGAACUUCCAACGGUACGAACAACUACUUCAAACCCGACUCAUAAACCGAGUAUGUAAUCAAAGCGAUGCCACGGCACUUCUUGCACAGGAGUCCUUCGAGACGCUGAACGAUACCCAACAAUGCAUGGUUCAGAAGAUAGCACAGGGCCAUACAGAUAUUUCAUCACUAUUGUCGCAGACAGCCACCGACACAAAACUUCAUAUCAGCAAUCAACACCAAGAGACUCGUACUACUCUUGGGCAUCAUCUUUCUGUUACGGAACACAAGCUCCAAUCACAAAUCUCAGAAUCUACCUUUGUAAUCCAAGAGGAUCUCGCAUAUCGGAACAAGACUGAAAACAUCCUGAUUAGGCACAAUCAACUCUUAGCUAGCCUCAGGUAUCCUGAAAUGAAUGGCAGAAAAAACCAUGUUGUCACGAGUUUCCCAAAGACUUUUCAGUGGAUAUUUUCUAGCAAAGGGCCUUGGGAAGAAGAAAGUUCUUCGGAUGACGAGAGUAUGCCUUCGCUUGAUGAGAUUUCUGAUGAAGAGAUUGAUAUGUCGGAUGUAUCGAGUUCUGAUAAGGGACAGAGUGAAGACGAAGAGAAGAUUCAGGAUUCUAAUACCAACAAAGUGGAAGAUGAGCCUGCUACCAGUGGUAUCUUGGACAAGGAUGACACUGUUUCAACUGCAAGUUCUGACCCGGAGCCAACAGUCUUUGCCCGUUGGUUAGGUUCCGAUUCUAAAAUGUUUUGGAUUAGUGGAAAACCCGCAUCCGGUAAAAGUACACUCAUGAAAUUCAUCUCUACGAAUCCUUCAACAAAAGAGCAUCUGGCUGCUUGGCGGCCUAACGCGAGAAUUCUUUGCCACUAUUUCUGGAAAGCUGGGAGUGUUCUGGAAAGAAGUCUCAAAGGAUUCCUUCUAUCCCUGACUCACCAGGUCCUUUUAGACAAUAUCGAGCUCUCACAACUGAUGUGGGAGGACAUGCCUGAAGUCCGGCAUAAGUGGUCGCAUGCUGAUUGGGAUCUACAACAACUAGAAACCGCCUUGCUUUGUAUACUCAAAGCUGCUACAGAACCAUUCCUUCUUAUUAUUGAUGGCCUCGAUGAGUGUGACGAUCUUGAAAGGCAACUUUCAACACUUCCUCAGCGCCCAAGCAUGCUCGACCUCUUAAGAAAACUCGAGGACAUUAAAAUAUGUGUAUCUAGCCGGGAGGAGUAUACGUUCAUUACUUACUUCGACGGUGUCGAGAGACUACAACUUCACGAGCUUACCAAGUACGAUAUUCGACAAUUUGCCGAUACCCGUCUUGAUGGUCUAAGUUUCGCCGAGCCCGAAGAUCGGGAGGAGCUUCUCGAUUUAAUUGUGUUAAGGGCCGCCGGUGUGUUUCUGUGGGUGGCCCUUGUUCUUGAUAGCAUCAGUCGAGCGAUUCGCAUCGAUAACAGCAUUGGGAAUCUCACUGAGAGGGUCAAUCAUAUGCCAAGAGAUUUGAUCGACUUGGUACGUGAAAUGUGGGAACGAUCUGGUGAAGAUGGCGAGAUAACGAGCUACCGGCACGCCGCGUCUCGGUACUUCAACCUAGCACAGGGAAUAGAGUCUGACGAAGAUGAUCUUUUGAAAAGUACGAUACUUCUGCUGGCAAUUGCUUCCGAUAAGCAAGAUCUGGAGUCUAUGCUUGAUAUUGACCAUGUCUGGAGCAUCGACGAAUUGGAAAAGAUGUGCUCGAGGACGGAGGACGAGCUUCGCAUUGUCUGCCACGGUCUUCUUGAAGUGAAAGAGGAAGGUCGUGCGACCUCAGAUCUUCUCCCAGAACGAAUUGAUGUCUACAGGAAUAAACAAGUGUUGUUUGCUCACCGAUGCGUCAUUGACUUCCUCCGCACUACUGAGAGUGGCGCUGCUCUUCUUGGUGCAUGCGGAUGGUGCAAGGACGAGGUGAAGGCCAGGCUGGAAGGAACAUUCAUGAUACUCUAUCGUUCUGUGUUUAAACCUGGGGCCUCUGAUGUCGAUACGUUUCUUCCUACAUUAUUCGAUGAGAUCAUCAACGAUAAGAGAUAUAUUCUACGCCGAGAAGUUGACAAUAGUUUAGACCGGAUCAUGCGUCACCUGGAUAGUUUUGACGAUGAACUUCCUUAUCGAAACCUUCUCUUGCGGAAGUGUAUCGAAUGGCACUUUACUAGAAACUCUUUUAACCGCAGUACGUGGGCAUGUUCUGGGAAGUCCAUAUUUGUCCAAGAUCCUCUUAGGAAUGAGUUUCUAGCGUCAGCAGCCAAAGCAGGAACUACGUCGUUCAUGGAGACACUCCUCGGGCGACUUUCUUCAGAGGAUUUCUUGAGUUCACUGCCCGCUAUAUUCCGCGGCCUAUCAGCAGGCUAUGGACAAGACGAGACAGAAAUUGGAGGUCCCGAAGAGAGUAGUAGAUGUGUCAUCAAGAUAAUCGCGUUGACAAAGCUGAUUCUAAGUCGUCUCCUGAGUCUGAAAGCGGAAGCAGAAGAAACUAUGCUGUUGAAAGCCGUUACUGGAGAAACAACAGAGGAAUUGCAACGUCUGGCGUGCUCCUGGUUUCUCGGUAUAUGGAUCGGGUUCAACAGCGACCAAAAAGAGAAGGAGAUCAAGACGUCAGUCCAUGAGAUCCUGCAUCUCGUUACACUCUCUCUCCCUACAAUGGAAGAUUGGAACGAAUCCAUCCUGCUUUUUUUGGGCCGGGAUACUGACGACUUCUCAGGCCAGUACUCAGGUCCUCUCUCAUUCUUCAGUCAAACUGGCCCUGCACUACGAAUUCUGGAUCAAAUGACGACCUCCAUCUCCCUCAUCUUCCUGAAGGAGCGAAGCCAUCGCUACGACUCGUGA